UUCUUUAGAGAAGCUACAGAAGAGGGAGACUUCCCCAGUCUGACGUGGCUCUAUAAAAUCGGGGCCGGCUUCCUUCCCUCGCAGACUCUGUGGCAGCCCGGUUCCUCUUGGCUGACGCCCCGGCCCAGGAGGACCAUCCCUCAACACACAGCGAAGGAGAAGCUCUCUCUCCCCUGGGGGGCCAUCUCUGUCCACCAUGCAGCAAAAUCUCAACUACCUGUACCCCCAGAUCUACUGGGUGGACAGCAAUGCCGGCUCUCCGUGUGUCCCUCCGGCCCCCUGUCCUCCUCCGACGCCACCCCCUGUGCCUGAGAGGCCUGGCCGGAGGCGGCCGCCACCCCCACCUCCACCCCUCCCCAAGACGAGAAGGGACCACGGCACGUGCCUCGGUCUCCUCAUGGUCUUCUUCAUGGUGUUGGUGGCCUUGGUCGGACUGGGGCUGGGCAUGUUUCAAAUUUUCCACUUGCAGAAGGAUCUGGCGGAUCUCAGAGAGCUUACCAGCAAUGGACAGAAAACACCAUCUUCUCAGAAGCAAAUAGGGCUUCAGCAUCCAGCUUCAGAAAAGGAGACGCUAAGGAAGGUAGCACACUUAACAGGAAAGUCCAACUCAAAAGCAGCCACCAGUAUUCUUUUAGAGUGGGAAGACACCUUGGGACAUGCUUUCGUCUCAGGUGUAAAGUACAAGAACCAUGGUCUCGAGAUCAAUGACACCGGACUCUAUUUUGUGUACUCCAAAGUGUACUUCCGAAGCCGAGACUGCAGCAACAAGGCCCUGAGCCACACUGUUUUCAAGAGGAAUCCCAACUACCCAAAGGACUUAGUGCUAAUGGAAGGCAAGAAGACCAACUACUGCUCUUUGAGCCAGAUGUGGGCCCACAGCAGUUACCUGGGAGCCGUGUUCAACCUCACCAGAGCCGAUCGCUUGUACGUCAACGUGUCCGAGCCGAAACUGGUCUACUUUCAGGAGUCGGAGACGUUCUUUGGCUUGUACAAACUCUAGAGGAGGACGGACAGCUGCUCCCGUGAGGGUCCCAAAGCACCUGACCUUGUCGGCGUGGAUGUGGUUCUAGUCUGGAACUAUGGUGGAAACCAUGACCGACCCCAGCCCGCCAGCUCUUCAUCUCAUCCAAAUUUCCCGAGUUGACUAUCGGAAGGAUUAUGGUUGAAAAAGGUGAAAUUCUGGCUAUUUUGGGUGGAUGCUGAUGGGGGCGGGGCAGACCCCUCCUCCUCCUCCCUCCAUCUCCCCACCCCCCCUAGAAAAAAACUGUUCUAGAAAAAUCUUGGAGGAAGCUGGUUUUGAACACAAAAAAGGGCACCUUUUAACUCACCUCUCAGAGGUGGGCUUGCUACCUCAAGAGAAGUUGACACUCAACUGAAUUCCUGUUCCCUUGUGUGAGUGGUCACUAUGGAGGCCAGUCACCUGAUUCUACAGCAGCCAAUAUAGGCUUCUUCUGGUCUGAUUGGUACCAUUGUAUUCACGUCUGGUAUUUUCAUUGUCAGUGCCCAGCUGCUCUCCGCCACAGCCGCUGCCACCGAAUUCCAUGACUUAGACCUGGAACCCGAGUUCACAUAGGCCAGAGAAAGGAGCAUACCGACUCUGAAGAGGUCAGGUGAUGGAGGAAGUCAGGGUAUUCCAGAGAAAUAUUCCAAGAUUGGGCGAAUGCAGGUGGAAUCAGCCCCACAUCCCCAAAAUGAAGUCGAAAUGACAUCAUCACUUUAUGCCUGGGACAGUGGAACGUUUGUGAUGCCAGGCACUUUUUGAGGUUUGGUUUGAGAGCCGUCGCCGGCCACGCUAACGUGAAUGUAUGUGUGCAGGAUGUGGGAAGGGGAGGGGAGAGUUUACUUCGGUUGCCCAGAUAAAGAGACUGACAGGGGUAAUUCCAUCUUGACAGUGUCUCUUCUUCAAGAUGCAUUUCCUGCGGUCAGAGAUUCAUGCCUAUCAAGUAGAAAUCUGCCUUCUAGUCACUCCGUUACACACUCAAAAUGUAUAAUAUUAGUGCAAUUGCAUAGGUGUAUGUUUGCACACAGAUAACAGAGGGACAGACGGAACAGAAAGCCAAAAUCUCAUUUCUACCUCUAUUAGGUGAGGCCUAAUUUUUUCAUCCCAUGUUGCUGACUUCGCUUAUGUGAGUCAACUGUGUAUCAAAGGAUUCCAGAAAGAGAGAAAGCUCUUUCAGAGAAAGUUGAAAGGUGGGAGGAAUUUCGUGAAAAAACUCCAUCAGAAGCCAUCAUAAUUAGCAAACAGUCCAGUUCGACACAAAAACUUGAAGUACCCAUGAACAGUUCUUUACUUUGUUGGGGUUUUUUUCCCCCAAAGUGAUGUUUCCCUAUGUGUACAUUAUUUAUAUUUGUAUAUAUUUUAUCUGGACA